ACAUUGAUUCAGUUGGCGCUCGACGUUCAAGCGAUCAAGUUGUUUUGUGAUCAAAAAAAUACAAAAAAAAAUUAAAUAAGACCCCCGGUACACUGCCAGCCCCCCGAAGACUGAAAGUAACUCGUGUGUGCAUCGCUGGCUAGGAUUUCGAAAUUGUCAUCAAGUGUUUUAUAAAUACCUGCGUCACACCAAAGUGCAAUUAAUUCGCCGUUUAUAUUCGAUUGAGGAAAGAGUUUACAUCGAAGAAUUUUUCUAUUGGCCCGGAUAUCAUCAGUAGCCCGCAGGUAUGGCUGAAGCCCAUGCCGCCGUCGCCUUCUCGUUCGCCAUCACCCACGAGGGCUUCGAUAUCAACUAUGACCACGAGGUGCUCAACUUGGUGUGGAACUCGGGAAUCCGCUCCUGGAAAAAGCGUGUGGCCCGUGCACGGAACGGCGUGCGUAAUGGUGUCUAUCCGGCGCACAUUCAGAGCCUCUGGCUGAUUACGGCCAUUGCCCUGGGCCUGCACUUCGCCGGCUAUCAGGCACCCUUCAAUCUCACUAAUCGGAUACUGGAACACCUCCCCUCCAACACGGUCAACUGGCAGGUGACAGCCUCUUUCCUGGCCGCCUUGGUGGUCUGGCUCUCGAUAUGCUUCACCAUGCGGUACACCCUGAAGCUCCUGCUUAUGUACAAGGGCUGGAUGUACGAAUCCAGAGCCCCGGGAAGCCGUGUCUCGUUGCCCACCAUGUUGUGGGUGGCCGUGGUGCGGGUACUCUCCAGCUGGAACAAGCCAGGAUUGUACAGUUUCCAGGGCUCCCUGCCAAGACUGCCGCUCCCCUCGGUGAAGGACACGAUGUCGCGGUAUUUGCGCAGUGUCCGACCUCUGUUGGAUGAUGACAACUAUACGCGAAUGGAGCGCCUGGCCAAGGAGUUCGAGCAGACCAUCGGCAAGAAGCUGCAGUGGUACCUCAUCCUCAAGAGCUGGUGGUCCACCAACUACGUGUCUGAUUGGUGGGAGGAGUACGUCUAUCUGCGCGGUCGCAGCCCCCUCUGUGUCAACAGUAACUUCUAUGGCACGGAUGCCAUUUUCAUGAACCUCACCAGCAUCCAGGCGGCUCGUGCGGCCAAUGUGGUAUCUCUGCUCCUUAACUUCAGGAAAUUGAUUGAACAUCAGGAACUGCAGCCAAUCAUGGUCCAGGGCAUGAUCCCUCUCUGCUCCUGGCAGUACGAGCGCACCUUUAACACGGCCCGUGUUCCUGGUCUGGAAACCGAUCGCAUUGUCCACUACCGUGACUCCAAUCAUAUUGUUGUCCUGCACAAGGGAUGCUACUACAAGAUGCUCAUCUACUACAAGGGACGCACCCUCCGCCCCUGUGAGCUGCAAGUGCAAAUCGAAGAGAUUCUGAAGGCCAAGGCCACCCCAUUGUCUGGCGAGGAGCACCUGGCUGCCCUGACCGCCUGGAACCGCUCCAAAUGGGCCGAGGCCCGGAAUACCUUCUUCUCACGGGGCGCCAAUCAUGUGUCCCUUCGCACCAUCGAGUCGGCCGCCUUCGUGCUCUCCCUGGACGACGAGCCCUUCGAGUUCGACCUGGCUCGUCCAGAGUUGUUGGACAACUUUGGCAAGAAACUGCUCCACGGCAACGGCUACAAUCGUUGGUUCGACAAGUGCUUCACCGUCUGCGUGGCCACCAACGGACGUGUUGGCUUCAAUGCCGAGCACACCUGGUCCGACGCCGCCAUUGCCUCACACAUGUGGGAAAACCUGAUCAUCGAUGACCUCCAGUCGGAUGGAUAUGACGAGUCUGGUAACACGAAGGGCACCCCCGAGUUCCAGCCACCCACUCCAACUCGCCUCAACUGGGAUCUGACGCCCUGUCUGGCCCAAAUCGAGGAGGCCACCAUCGAUGUGACCAAGCUGAUCAACGAGGUCAACCUGCGCAUUCUGGUACACCAGGAGUACGGCAAGGGCUUCAUGAAGAAGUGCCGCAUUUCCCCAGACGCCUAUAUCCAAAUGGCCCUGCAGUUGGCUUAUUAUCGCGAUGCGGGACGCUUCUCGCUGACAUAUGAGGCUUCCAUGACGCGUCUGUUCCGCGAAGGACGAACGGAGACUGUGCGUCCCUGCACCAUUGAAUCAUCUGCCUGGGUUAAGGCUAUGCAGAAUCCCAACACUAGCAACGAUGAGCGUGUGAAGAUGUUGCAGGCUGCUUGUGAUCGCCACCAGCUGGGCUACCAGGAUGCCAUGUGCGGUCGCGGCAUUGAUAGGCAUCUUUUCUGCCUGUAUGUAGUGUCCAAGUACCUGGAGGUGGACUCUCCCUUCCUCAACGAGGUGCUCAGCGAACCCUGGCGCCUGUCCACUAGUCAGACCCCGCACGGCCAGACGCCGAAGAUGGACCUGAAGAAGCAUCCGAACUGCAUCAGUGCCGGCGGCGGCUUUGGGCCCGUGGCUGAUGAUGGCUAUGGUGUUUCGUACAUCAUUGCCGGCGAGAACCUCAUCUUCUUCCACAUCUCGGCAAAGACAACGUGCCAGCAAACGGAUGUCCAUCGAUUCUCCCAGAACAUCUCACAGGCUCUGGCCGAUAUCCGCACCAUGUUCGAGCAGCAUAUGAAGGACCAUCCGAAGCCCGCCAAAAAACUCACAAACGGCUCCACAUAAUCCACAUAGUCCAUAUUAUUUAGUCCAUGUAGUCGAGAUUCUUGUUAGCAUUUGUUUUCCUCCUCUCUAGUUGAUCGUUUUAAACAAAAAAAAAACAAACACAUCAUAUACAUCCGUCGAUUGUAAGUUCCAAAUUAAGUGCAAAAGUCGUUGAGAGAGUUAUGCAAAAACAAUGCAAUUUUUUAUAUAAACUAUUGUGACUUGGCUGAUUUUAAUAUUUGUAGUCGUUAGAAACUUUUGCACAAUAUUUGAUGUUUCUCAAGCAAUUAGUUUUUAAUCGAAGAAGAAAUCGUGUAAGUUAAGUGCUAUAAAUAUAUAUUUCAAUUUAAGCGUA